CUUUUGUUGCUGCUUCAUUUGGCUGGUCACAAACUUUGCUGCACCUACGGGUGCUCUGACUCAAGUGAUACUCGGGUCCUUGUAACUCUGGAUGAUGAUGAACUCUGUUAUGCAGAUUUUAAAAAAGAAAUUGGUAUUUGGGACAGCAAAAUACAAACAACUACCGGUAAUGAAUGGAACUAUGAAUUAGCUGAAAGAUAUAGAUUAAUAGAGGAAGUGAUAGAAGAAGAAGAUAAUACCCUCAUCUGCUUCACAAACAAAUUCUUUCCUCCUGAAGAGGUGAAAAUGGAAGAUGCUUUAAUUAAAUCUAUUGCCAAUCCUGAUGGGACGUUCCAUGUCUUCUCCUACCUGAACUUUAUCAAAAAACAAGGAGAUGUCUACAGCUGCCCUGUGGAGCUCUGGAGGAACCUGUGA